AAUGCCAAAGUUAAGUGUGUUGCGGAUGCUGGCUUCUUCAUCAAUGGAAAGACAAUAAAUGGUACUUCAUAUAUCCAAGAGAUGUAUCAUAAAAUUGUUAACCUACACGGAUCGGCUAAGAAUUUACCAUCAGCCUGCACAUCUGUAAUGGAGCCAAGUUUAAUGAAAAACAUUUUGGUUCCUCCACACGUUGAUCCCCAACAUGUUUGGGAGGAUUGCUUGAACAAUACAAAUACAUGCACGUCUAGCCAACAUAUAGCUAUUCAAGCCUUUGGAGUUGAGUUCUUGAAGACAUUUGAGGGACUUCCCCCUUGUUUUACGAGGGGUUAUUUCCUCACGUCUUGCUAUUCUCAUGGGGGAAUACUUGCACCACCAUACUGGUUCAGUUCUACCUCUCCUAGAUUACUUAAUAAGACAAUUGGUGAAGCCGUUGCGGAUUGGUACUUUGAGAGAACAAGGUUUCAAUGUAUAGAUCCGUACCCUUGUGUUAAAGUUUGCAAAGACUUAAAUAAUCACUGAGAUGUUGGGAGCCCUUUUCUUUAUUAAGUGUUACACUUUGAGUCAUAUUACAUCUAUCUUACUACUGUAUAAGUUUCUGAUUGUUAAGUUUUUAUAUAAAAUUCGCACAUAACUUAAUUUCA